UUUACAGGCGUAGGAAGAGGAGUUAUCAGCCACUUUAAGUCUGUAGUUGACGCUCGAGAGACUCACCUUGGUUGUGGCAUCAGAAUCAAACCAGGCGAUGGAACAUACGUCGUGGCUCAUUAUUCAAUGGGUCCAGGGCUACAAUUUAAGCUAAACGACUUCAGUUCAGCUUCAAAUAUUGGACUUCCUAAACAGCCUGAUCCACAGUGUCACCAAAAGUCCUUCGAGAGAGAGCUGUGUGGAGAUUUUAAAAGUCCAUUUAUUACCCCUGACAAAUGCUUAAAUGCUGGAUGUUGCUAUGACGAUAUCUUCAUGAACGAACCAGGCUUACAAUGGCACAGUCCAAAUGCGUCUUUAUGGUGUUUCAAUAAAAGGAAAGGGGCUGAUACUGGUGUGAUGACCACUGGAACGAUGUCAUUCCAGUCUGCUCCACCAGCCUCAAAAGAGAAUGAUUUCAAGAUACUUCAAACGCAGUCUCAGUCUGAGGAAGGUGGAGAAUCCUGUUAUGCGAAUAGUUGCUACAUGAUUUCUGAAGCAGGAGAAUCUUGGGAUGAGAAUCGAAAGAACUGCAAAGCAUCUGGAGGCGAUCUAGUUUCCUUGGAAACAGAGGCUGAGUGGCAGUUUGUCAAUGGCGAAAUUCAAAAAAUGAAACUUCAGGGAGCCAAUGAAUGGCACAUAGGUUUGAAAAAACAAGGCGAUUGGAAAUGGGUCAGUGGUAGUCCGAUGACCAUUAAAAAAUGGCAGCGUUAUGAGCCAUCCGGUGACGGAAAUGUUGUUGUAAUGUCCAAGGAUUACCCACCUGGAAGUCAAGGGCUAUUUAACGAUGUUCCUGGUGAAUUUCCCAAACCUUUUAUAUGUGAAUUACCCAAAGGAGCUGGUCCUCAGCCUGGACCUCAAAAUCCCUCAAAACCCCCCAUGGGGCCAACAGAAGCACCAGCUGCAUCAUCGUCUCCAACAUCUUCAGCAAGCUCCGCUGUUCAACCAACCAGUAACCCUACCACCCAGCCAGCUGGAGGAGCAACACCAGAAAUGACUGGAUUUGAAAAAGACUGUUUAAAAGCUCACAACGAAUAUCGAGCGAAACAUGGCGUUCCUCCCUUGAAAUGGAGCGCUGAGCUGGCUGCAGAUGCACAGGAGUGGGCUAAUGAACUCACUGUUAAAAAUAUGAUGGAGCAUGACAUGGACAGUAUUAACAACAAAGGUCAAGGCGAAAAUCUGGCUUAUUUCCAUCCGGGUAACCCAGAUGAUAUGCCCACCCAGUGCCAAGGUCCAAAGACACAAAAAUGUGUACAGUGCCGUGAAAUGGUCGCUGACUGGUACGCAGAAGAAUCGAAUUUUGAAUACAACACAGGAAAGAGCAAAGGAGGCGUGAUUUUGCACUUUACCCAAGUUGUCUGGAAGGAGACCACAGAGCUGGGGAUGGCAACAGCUACUAGUGCUACUAAAUGGUUCUCUGUUGCACGUUAUAAACCACGUGGAAAUAUGGGAUAUCCAGCAGAUUAUAUAGAGAAUGUUCCAAGGCCUCAGGUUAACGUUUAAAAAAAGUUCUGAUUGGGAAAAAGGUCCUCUUUCGACCAUUACUUAAUGUAUUCUCAAAUUUGAACGGAAACGUACGUCUUGACGGGUAAUAAUUCAGGUACUGCCUGCAAUGGAUUAAUUUUUAAAGAAAAGCUUGUCUUUCGACAUAUGACUUAUGAAAUAUAUUAUUAAUUAUGUCAAUAAACUUCAUCCUUG